AUGCACCUCCCAACCGCCAUCAAGAAACUCCGCCCCUCCAGCUGGCAGCCACAAGCAGCAGACACCGACACCCGCCCACACGCAGGGAAGAUAAAGCGCCGCUCGACGAUGGGCAUGGGGCUCACGCAGCUCCCGUCCCUCUCUGUCCCCGACACAGCGCGGAACAACUUCACGGCGAUGGCGGGGGAGUUCGUGGGGACGUUCCUGUUCCUAUUCUUUGCGUUUGCGGGGACGCAGAUUGCGAAUGCGCCGCGCUCGCGGGCUCCGGAGCUCGACCAGGCUGGGGGUGGGAAAGUGGCCCCGCCGGACUUUGAUGCGCUGCUGUAUUCGUCGUUAUCGUUUGGGUUCAGCCUCAUGGUGAACAUCUGGGCGUUCUUUCGCAUUACGGGGGGGUUGUUUAAUCCGGCUGUUACGCUGGCCCUCUGCCUCAUCGGUGGAAUCCCCGCCGUCCGCGGUCUCCUGCUCCUCAUCGCCCAGAUUGGCGGCGGUCUUGCGGCGGCUGCGAUCGUCAGCGUUUUGCUUCCCGGCGACCUAAAUGUAGCCACCAGGCUAGGCGGCGGAGCUUCGGUGAUUCAGGGCCUGUUCAUCGAGACAAUCCUCACAGCACAGCUGGUGUUCGUGGUGAUCAUGCUCGCGGUCGUGAAGCACAAAUCGACCUUUUUGGCGCCCGUUGCGAUCGGUAUGACGUUCUUCGUUAUGGAAAUGAUCGGAAACUACUACACCGGCGGCUCCCUCAACCCCGCCCGAACCCUGGGCCCCGACGUCCUCCUGCGCUCCUUCCCAUCAUACCACUGGAUCUACUGGGCCGGACCGUUCCUAGGCUCGCUUAUAGCAUGUGCAUUCUACACCUUCCUCACGCACUUCCAAUACGAGGCCGUGAACCCGGGGCAGGACUUCAACGAGUGGGAAGCUAAAGCCUUGCACCCGCUCGGCCACGGCCAUGGGCCGACCAUGUCCGGCUCGACCAUGAACAUGUCCAUGAGCUUGCCCACGACGAACCCCGUGCCGAAUAUGCACCGCUACUCCGAUAUGACGCUGAAUCGGGACUUCUCGCUCCGUGAGGUCCCGGACGAGGAUGCGGCCGAUAUGACGAGCGCACAGGCGCAUGCGAGUGCGCUUGCGGCGCUGGUGGGGGGGCCUUCCACUGUACCUGCUGGUGCGGGUGGAUCGAUUCGCCCCUCCGCGACGGGGAGUGUGCGGAGCACGACGAAUUCGAAUAGUCGGCCGAGUCUGACGGUUACGAGGGCGGCGAGCACGUAUAGUUUUCCGGUUGUGCCGGUUGGGGAUGAGGCGGUUUAG